UAGCUGCGGUAGAGUUAGCGUCUCUGCUGUCGCUGAUACCAACGGCCUUUCCUAGCGCCAGUGAGUGUUAUUGCUGGGUGCCAGGGAAGGCUCCCUAUCUAGAGAUUCCCUGCUGAGAACUUUCCAUUCCAGCAUCUCGCGGGGAGAUUUAGAGAUUUCCCAAACCUACAACUUUAAUCUAACAAGAACAAUGUUUAAAAGAAUCCGUGGAUGUUUUAGAACUAUCCGGAACCGAUUUCGGCGUAAGAACAAGGUUCAUCCUCUGAUCUCCGAUGAUACUGAACCAAUGAACUACAAUGUGCCGACCCCCGAGCAGCUUUUCCAAGUUGCACAGAGGGAAUACCCAGAAGCUCCUGUACAUAGAGAAGAAGAAAAUGAAAAGGAGAUCGAGACAAGAGUUGAAAUAGAAGAAAUCGUACAGAAAGUGGAAAUAGAAACUGAGGACUGUGAAAGCAGCUUUUCUGACCCUAUUCAGAUGACUCCUAGUCCUGGAGCAAUACUGAUUGUGGUACAAGAAGCCAAGAUACGACUCGAAUACACUGCAGAAAUAGCCCCGGCUGCUUCCUUAGCUGAGGACUAUGCAGAUCUAUGGAAGAGACCUGAGUGCCAUCAGAUAGAAGGCAACGAUCUUAUGGAUGACUCAGUUGAACCAGUUAUGAUUGAUCCAAGCCCUGGGGCAAUGCUGAUAGUGGUCCAAGAAGCCAAGUCAGAGGAGCUUAAGCCGCUAUUUUUCGGCGAAGGUUUCCUUACGACUUCCCUGGGCAGUGACAGUACUUCAUUAGAGACCGAGUAUCUGUCAGACUCAGAUACAACUACAGGCUCUGUGAGUAUAUUAAAGAUGGAGGAAGCUUCGGAAGAGAAGCCUUCAGAUUUACUACCUGAGGAUCCUUCCGAAGAAUCACAUACAGGCUCUGUGAAUGUAUUAAAGAUGGAGGACGCUUCGGAAGUCAGUGAGAAGCCUUCAGAUUUACUACCUGAAGAUCCUUCCGAAGAAUCACAUACAGGCUCUGUGAACAUAUUAAAGAUCGAGUAUGCUUCGGAAGUCAGUGAAAAUUCAGAUUUACUACCUGAAGAUCCUUCCGAAGAAUCACAUACAGGCUCUGUGAACAUAUUAAAGAUUGAGUAUGCUUCGGAAGUCAGUGAAAAUUCAGAUUUACUACCUGAAGAUCCUUCCGAAGAAUCACAUACAGGCUCUGUGAACAUAUUAAAGAUCGAGUAUGCUUCGGAAGUCAGUGAGAAGCCUUCAGAUUUACUACCUGAAGAUCCUUCCGAAGAAUCACAUACAGGCUCUGUGAACAUAUUAAAGAUCGAGUAUGCUUCGGAAGUCAGUGAAAAUUCAGAUUUACUACCUGAAGAUCCUUCCGAAGAAUCACAUACAGGCUCUGUGAACAUAUUAAAGAUCGAGUAUGCUUCGGAAGUCAGUGAAAAUUCAGAUUUACUACCUGAAGAUCCUUCCGAAGAAUCACAUACAGGUUCUGUGAACAUAUUAAAGAUCGAGUAUGCUUCGGAAGUCAGUGAGAAUCCUUCAGAUUUACUACCUGAGGAUCCUUCCGAAGAAUCACAUACAGGUUCUGUGAACAUAUUAAAGAUCGAGUAUGCUUCGGAAGUCAGUGAGAAUCCUUCAGAUUUACUACCUGAGGAUCCUUCCGAAAAAACAGGCUCUGUGAAUAUAUUAAAGAUUGAGCACCCACCAGAAGGCAGCGGGAGUACUGUAGAUUCCAUAGCUGAGUUUCUACAAAAAGACUUGAUUUUAAGUGGAAAUAAAUCAGCUGCCGGGAGUAGCUCACCUGAACAGGAGUCACCUCCAGAAUGCCACGCACGAGCAAUCAUUCGGGGUCGUGGCUUUGUUCGUUCAGUCAGAAGGCGGAGAAUCUCAGAGAAGGUACAAAUUCAGCCCGACAUUAGAAAUCCUAUUAAUCUUCCCCAGGCUCCUCCAAACUCCUUUAUUCUUGCUCGUCCCGCUCAAAUGGAGGUGUUGGCAGAGAGAGCAGUGAUUGGAGGAGCAUGUGCCAAUCAGAAGAGGCCUUCCUCAUUUCGUCAGAACAGCUUGAUCUCCACUGAUGACUUCGAGUUCUUUAGAUGGCUCGGCAGUGGAAGUUUUGGGCAGGUCUAUCAGGCAGAACAUAAGAAGACAGGGAAGAUGGUCGCCAUCAAACGCAUGGACAAGGAACAUUACUUUGAGAAUAAUAUGACUGAAAGGUUUGUAGGAUUUUCUAUUCUUUUACCAUCAUGGGAACUAAACUGCACUGGUGCUGUUACUCAUAGUAACCAAUCAGAUCUUUGCUUUCAGUAUUAGAUUUAUCCAAAUUGCCAGUUAAUUGCUAUGGGUUAAUUAAUUGCCCUGUGUGACCUAUUUGGCUAAUUCCUUUCAUGUUGGUUGGCUUCUGUUUCAGGGUUUUCCGGGAGAAAUACAUAUUAAGGUUGGCGAGGAACUCAAGAAACCCUUUCCUUGUGAGUUUAUUCUGCGCCUUCCAGAGCGAGCACCACGUGUACAUAGCGAUGGAAUUCGCUGCUGGAGGCAGUUUAUGGACCCAGUUGAAGAGAGGUGCACUCCCCCAUGAAAGCACAAUGUUCUAUUCUGCGUGCAUCGUAAUGGGGAUCAAGUUCUUACAUGAGAAUCAAAUUGUCCACCGAGAUUUAAAGCCUGAAAAUGUAGUUAUAGACGGCGCUGGAUAUGCCAAACUUGCAGAUUUCGGAGUGUGCAGAACAGGUAGGAUAUUCUGGCAUCAUUAUAAAACAUAUAAGGUUCUGGUCCAUCAAUGUGCCAUAUUGUCCCAGGCUAAGGUUCACACACAGUGAUAAACAUCAUGUUAGUGCUCGUUAAUGUUAAUACAGAAUUCUGAAACCUCCAUUUUGUCCGUUGUUACAUAUAUUGAGGGCCUUUAUAUAUUAUAUGCACCUUUACUCCCAGUUGAUUAUAAAUUAACACCGUUUUGCUUGCCCUUAAGGAAUUGACCACAGAUCGCAAAUGACCUAUCCGUGUGGAACUAAAUUCUACUGUGCUCCUGAAAUGUUGCACGGAAGAUUAUAUAACAGAACCGUGGACUGGUGGGCUUUAGGUGUGACUAUCUAUGAGAUGGCUGUUGGGAUGGUAAGUACAGAGCACCCAUUGGUAGAUCCCAUUAGGCCCUAGAAUGCUGCUGGUUUCUGUAGAAUAUUAUAGGGACUGGUAAAUUACAGGGUUAUAGUUUAGGGCUUAGAUAUGUGCCCCCCCCAGUGUCAUGUCCCAUAAUCCCUUCCGUUAAAGUGUAAACUGCAAUAAUCCCCUGGUUAUAUUCCCCCUAUAUAAUUACAGGAUGAGCUCAGGAACUAUUGCCCCGCUGUAGCACUGCUGCCCUUUCCCUGCUUCUAAAGAGAUGUCUUUUUGUUUCUGCAGAUGCCAUUUAGUGGAAAUGAUGCGGAGUUGCGUCAACAAGUUCUUUAUAAAGAACCAUCAUAUCCAUAUCUCCUGAAUAAGAACACCACUGCAAUAAUAAGAGAACUCCUACAGAAAGACCCCCGAUGCCGCCUGGGAUCAGCUACAAAUGAUGGGGAAGAAGUGCAGAAAUUCUGUUACUUUGAGCCAAUGAACUGGAAGGCUCUGCAGGACAGGCAGUUGCAGGCACCAUUUAUACCUGAGCAAGGUGCCAAGCCGACUGAAGAAGAGCAAAGUGGUGGUGGGGCUGAGACGCCCCCGAAUUGGACGUGGCAAGUUGACCAUGCUGUGCACUGGGCAUUCAGACAGUUUGAAGAGUUGCCGGAGAAAUGAUAAAAUAAUAACAGUCCCAUAUAUUUCUAUAUACGGGGAGGAAAUGCCGUGACUGACUCGCUACUGCUCAGACUGUAUAGAAACAGAUAAACUGGUGAGUCCGGAUCUUUAUCAUUUUGCUUUACACCUCAAACACUCAGGAACCCUCACUAACUAGUCCCACAAUAAUGUAUUAUAUAUAUAUAUAUAUCUCAUGUAUUUGGCAUUGAUAUUUCUGUUCCACACUGACAGGUCCAAUACCGUCAGCCUGUAGGACCGGCCUUCAGGGUCACAGUCUGAGCAACUCCUAGAACAUCUUCGUCGUUACCGUCACCCCAACCCUGAAGGAAAAGAUUUCCGAGCUCUUAGAACGACGCUGGAAUCCGUAACGUGCUCCCCACUAUACUGCUUACGUUUGAGCCGAAUGUCUCUUUGCCAAGAGACAGCGGCUCUCUAACAGGGAGGGCGGGAGGCUGAGCAGUAUAGAGAGGGAGCACUCUAAUGAGAGCGCAAAUUCAGAAACAGUCUCGCUACGAUAUAUGUCAUUUGUAUAAUUCUGUUUUUGUAUGUAUAUGUAUUUCUUAUUUUAUAUAUGUACUUAUUAUGUAUAUAUUUGUAUGUAUCUAUGUUCGAUGUUAAAUAAAUAUAUUUUUAUAAUAAAACUUAAAAAACAUCUA